AUGUCGGAGCUGAGCGACGAGGCCAGCGAGUCGGAGCUGCUGAGCCGCAGCCUCUCCAUGUGGCACGGGGCGGGGCCGCUGCUGUGCCGGGAGGAGCUGGACGUGCCCCUGGACCUGCACACUGCCUCCUCUGUCGGCCAGGACCAAGUGGUGCAGGAGUGCAUUCAGCGUGGAGAUCUGGAUUUAAACAAGAGGAACUGUGGGGGCUGGACUCCACUGAUGUAUGCCUCCUACAUUGGCCAUGACACCAUUGUGCACCUGCUGCUGGAAGCAGGAGUGAAUGUGAACAUUCCCACACCAGAGGGGCAGACACCACUCAUGCUGGCCUCCAGCUGUGGAAAUGAAAGUGUGGCUUACUUUCUUCUACAGCAAGGUGCAGAGCUGGAGAUGAAGGACAUUCAUGGCUGGACUGCCCUGUUCCACUGCACCAGCGCCGGGCAUCAGCAGAUGGUCAAGUUCCUGCUGGACAAUGGGGCAAAUGCCAACUGCAGGGAGCCAGUGUAUGGAUACACACCUCUGAUGGAAGCAGCUGCUUCUGGCCAUGAGAUCAUUGUCCAGUACCUUCUCAAUCAUGGAGUGAAGACAGAUGUCAGGGAUAACACUGGAGCCACAGCACGCACACUGGCCAUGAAGUAUGGCCACACAAAGAUUGUGGGGCUGAUAGAUUUGCAUGCAGCCCCAGUGCCCAAGGUCUUCUGCAGGGGUCCAGGGAAAUACGAAGAGCUGAGUUCCUCAGAUGAAUCUUGUUCUGCUCCUCAAAGACAGAGACCUGUUCGUAGAACCAAGGGCCCCAGCAUCCAUGAGGGGCCCCAGGCUUUGGCUGAGAUAACAGCAGCUGGAAUUGGAGGAAAGAAGCAGUCUUGCUAUGAGCAGGUCCCUCCUCAGGGCUAUGUCACCUUCAAGGAUGAUGGCAGCUGUGAAGCAGAUGGUAUCAGGAACAGGGAUGUCACCUCUCCAAUUAACGAGCAGGAUGUGGAAAGCAGCAGCAGCAGGGAGGAGAAUAUUUUCUUCACCAACAACUUAGGAGCUGUCAGGAGCAGCAGUAGCAGCAGUGAAUGCCUGACCAAAGCCCUUGGAGUCAGCAGUGAAGGCUCCUUGGAAAGCAAUGAGGAUUCUGACCCAGCCAGCAGCACCCCCAGCCGGAAGCAGGCCAAGAGCUUCAAGAGCAAGAGUCGCUACAGCAGCAGUGACAGCCACUGGUGCCACUGCCUGGGCAGGGCUGGGGGCUCCACGCAGCCCCCUGCCUACACAGGGCCACAGGACUUGGCGACACUGCUUGAGCAGAUUGGGUGCCUGAAGUAUCUGCAGGUGUUUGAGGAGCAAGAUGUCGACCUCCGGAUCUUCCUGACCCUCACGGAGAGUGACCUGAAGGAAAUAGGCAUCACCCUGUUUGGGCCAAAGAGGAAGAUGACUUCUGCCAUCGCGCGGUGGCACAGCAGCGCCCGGCCGCCCAGCGACGCCCUGGAGCUGGCCUACGCCGACCGGCUGGAGGCUGAGAUGCAGGAGCUGGCAAUUCAGCUGCACAAGAGGUGUGAAGAGGUGGAGGUGAUGAAGGGCCAGGUGUGCCAGGAGCAGAAGCUGCGUGCAGUGGCUGAGAGCUGUUUGAUGGAGCGGGAUGUGACCUGGAAUGCCAUCCAGUGCCAGCUCAGAGAGGCCCAGGCCAUCACGAAGGAUGCUGGAGUCCUGCUGGAUCAGAUCAAGUGCUGUCAGGCAGAGCUGUCCUCACGCUUCACCCAGGAGCCCAGUGCCAGCAGGGUGCUGGGCUCAGAGCUGCAGCUGGGCACCGUGCUGGAGGGGUGGCCACCUUCCCUGGAGUCUCUGAGCUUGCCUGAGCUGUCAGCUGUCCUGGAGCAGUAUGUGGGAGAAAUGGGAAAAGCUCUGCAGACUGUGGCUGAAAACCUCCAGAGGCUCCAAGGCCCGGGCCAGAGCUGGCCAGAGCCAUAG